AAGAAGAAGAAGAAGACGACGACUUUUCCAGAAGAGAGAAAACAAAUUUCCAAGCUCAAAGUCUAGGUCUUUUCCAGGAGUUUUUGUUUGAGAGAGAAUGAGUGAUCACCUGGUGUUGUGUGUUGACCACUUCACGAAACCUGACAGUUUGCAAGCACCGAAAGGGACUGAGACUCCAGGAUCUUCUCUGGAGGCCUCGUCGUCAUCAUCGUCCCAAUCGGCUGAGAUACCGAGUUGUGCAAUUGAUAUUAAGGGAGCAGGGGAGAAUGCUGUAUCUGAAGAAGAGGAGCCGCUGAUUCAGACUGUUGAAUGUCGCAUUUGCCAGGAAGAGGAUGGUGUUAGUAAUCUGGAGGUCCCCUGUGCUUGCAGUGGCAGCUUAAAAUAUGCUCAUAGAAAAUGUGUUCAGAGGUGGUGCAAUGAGAAGGGAGAUAUCAUUUGUGAAAUUUGUCAUCAGCCUUACCAACCUGGUUAUACUGCCCCAUCACCUCCUCCUCAGUCUGAAGACACUACUAUUGACAUCAGUGAGGCCUGGACAAUCUCUGGUACCCCCUUGGAUUUACGUGAUCCUCGACUACUGGCAAUGGCAGCGGCAGAACGUCACUUUCUUGAAUCUGAAUAUGAUGAGUAUGCUGAUACAAGUGCUAAUGGAGCAGCUUUUUGCCGCUCUGCUGCUCUAAUUUUAAUGGCUCUUCUACUCUUAAGGCAUGCUUUGACUCUUCCCAAUGGUGACGGGGAUGAUGAUGAUGCUUCUACAUUUUUCUCUCUUUUCUUACUCCGAGCUGCUGGUUUUCUUCUUCCCUGCUACAUUAUGGCCUGGGCCAUCAGUAUAUUACAACGUCGAAGGCAAAGACAGGAAGCAGCAGCACUUGCAGCAACUGAGGUUGCAUUUAUGCUGCAGGCAGGGCAACGUCGUGGAUUGCAGUUCACAAUAGCUUCAGGACCUGCUGUGACUCCCCAUCAGGAGCCAAUUCAAUAAUAUCAGUGCUCCACAAUUCUGGCGAUCUUCUUUGUUUGCGAAGAGAAUGGGAACUGAGAUUUGAGCAUAUUGUUUUUUAUGCUUAGUAGCAGUAAAGAUAAAAAUCUUUAACGAGUGUCUGUAUCCGUAAUCACAUUUUUUAAUACAGCUCACUUUCUUUCGAUAAAUGUUAUAUUCCAAUGCUAUGUAUAUAAUUUGGUUCUCAAGUAAACUACACUUGAUUCAAAAAGUGUAUUUUUCACAUAUUAUAAAACUAUCUUGGAUUUCAUG